AUGGGGGUCCUGCUGAGCCGGGAGCAGCCCCGGGGCCUCCAGCAUCAUCGGGAAGCAGAUGCUGACCCGCUCCCUGCGGAUGCAGGAGGAGAUGCUGGUUCCUUGGGAGAGAUGGAGGACGGCGAGGACGCGGCGGCGGGCGAGGCCAGCCCCUCGGCGAGGGAAGGGGCCGCCUCGGACCGCGAGGGCUCCUCCGAGCGCGACGUGCCCAGCCCCGACGGCGACCCGCAGGCAGAGGCUAAAGAGGCCCCGGAGAGUCCGAAGGAGCCGGAACAGCAGGAUCCGGGAGAAAGCGCCGCGGAGCCCGCCUGGAGCGGGCCAGACGAGCUGGUGCUGGCCGCGCAGGACGGCGAGGGCGGCGUGCGGGCCCGACGGAGCCUCCCCGAGGGCUUCUCCUGGGGCCCCUUCGCCGGCAGCGUGCGCGGCGAGACGGCGUCUCCGGCGCACAACGAGACGAGCGCGCCCGUGACGCUGGUGCUGGGGGACGAGAGCUGCUGGCUGUCCCGGCUGCCGCUGGUGCCCGCCGAGCCCGACGCCAACGCCGUUAUCUACAGCAAGGACGCAGCGCUGUGGUGCCGGACGACGCGCGCCGUGCGGCAGGACGAGACCCUGCGCGCCUUCGUGCUGGCCGAGCCCGCGGCCGUCGCCAACCACGCGCCCAAGGCGGAGGCCGCCGCGGCGCCCUAUCCGGCGGCGCUGCGCUCCGACAUCCAGCUGCUGCCGCAGCAAGCGGGCAUGGCUGCCAUCCUGGCCACGGCGGUGGUCAACAAGGACGUCUUCCCCUGCAAGGACUGCGGCAUCUGGUACCGCAGCGAGCGCAACCUGCAAGCCCACCUGCUCUACUACUGCGCCAGCCGGGCGAGCGGCGCCGCGCCGGCCGCCGACGACAAGCCCAAGGAGAGCUACCCCAACGAGCGCGUCUGCCCCUUCCCGCAGUGCAAGAAGAGCUGCCCCAGCGCCAGCUCCCUGGAGAUCCACAUGCGCAGCCAUAGCGGGGAGCGGCCCUUCGUCUGCCUCAUCUGCUUGUCCGCCUUCACCACCAAGGCCAACUGCGAGCGGCACCUCAAGGUGCACACGGACACGCUCAACGGCGUCUGCCACAGCUGCGGCUUCAUCUCCACCACGCGGGACAUCCUCUACAGCCACCUGGUCACCAACCACAUGAUCUGCCAGCCGGGCUCCAAGGGCGAGGUGUACUCGCCAGGGCCGCCCAGCCUGCCCGCCGCCAAGCCCCUCACCCCGGGGCUGAGCCAGCCGAACAACGCGCCGGUGCUGAAGUGCAGCCUGCCGGGCUUCCUGGCCGAGGCGCUGCCGGCGCUGCCGCCGCGCGCCGUCCUGCACGGCCCGCCGCCCGCACCCGCCGCGCCGCCCGCCUCGCCGCCCACCGGCACCAUCUCGCCGCCCGCCGAGGCGCCCGACGGCGAGCCCAGGGCGCCCAGCGCUGACGCGCCCUCCUCCUCCUCAUCCUCCUCCUCGUUGUCCUCCUCCUCGGAGCCGAUGCCACCCAUGCGCGUCAAGGAGGAGCCGGAGGCGCCCAAGAGCACAUCCCGCGCGGAGGCGCCCGGCAGCCCCGGCGCGGAGCCCGACUCGCGGACGUCGUCGCCCCGCAGCCUGCCCUCGGGCAAGGUGAAGUCGGAGCUGGCGAGCCCCACGCCGGGCUCCAGCCCCGUGCCCAGCGAGCCGGGCGCUGGCACGGCCGGCGGCACCGUCUUCCUGCCCCAGUACCUCUUCGGGCACGAGGCGGCCGUGGUGCCGCAAGCGUCCGAGAUCCUGGCCAAGAUGUCAGAGCUGGUGCACAGCCGGCUGAAGCAGGGCCAGGGCGCGGGGCCGCCCGCGCUCUACGGCGCCGGCGCGGCGCCCACCCCCAAGGGCGCCACGUGCUUCGAGUGCGAGAUCACCUUCAACAACGUCAACAACUACUACGUGCACAAGCGCCUCUACUGCUCCAGCCGGCACGUGGCCGAGGACGGCGCUGCGGGGCCGCGCAAGCCCAAGGCGGCGCCCAAGGCGGGCGGCGCGGGCAAAGGGGCGGCGUUGGGCGCCGUGCCCAACGGCAACCCGCGCUACUGCCGCCUCUGCAACAUCAGGUUCAGCAGCCUCUCCACCUUCAUCGCGCACAAGAAGUAUUACUGCUCCUCGCACGCCGCCGAGCACGUCAAGUAG